GUCUCUUCGGAAGAGGACAAAGAGGAUAAACAAGAACCUGAAGCAAAGAGGCCACGUAUGGACAAGGGUGAAGUAAAUGGGAAGGAGGAAACUAAUGAAAAGAAAGAAAUUUGUAGAGUUGAAAUCGAAGAGGAACAGGAUAAGAAGGGUCGAGAUGAUAUAGCCGAUGAUAAUAACGAUAACAAGGGUCUUAAGAGAAUAGAGACUGGGGGAUUCAGCAAGAUUCCUCCAGAGAUUUUUCCGCAUAUCCUCAAGUUCUUAUCGUCCGAGGAUCUGGUAUCGUGUUCAUUUGUGUGUAAAUUCCUCAAUUAUGCUGCAUCUGAUGAAUCCCUGUGGCGUCGCCUGUAAGUCUCUUCUCAUAU